UCGUGACGGACCGAAAGCAAACGCGGAGUGGACGCUGGAGGGAGAUUUGAGACGAGCGUGUGCAAGAUUGUUGGCCUAAACUUGGCUGGCGGUGUUUGUGCUUCCCUCAGUUCAUGUGUUAUCUUUGUAUCUUAUUCUUUACAUCAUGUCAGAGGACAGUGACAUACAAACGACGCCGAGAGGGUUUCAAUGCACGCUGUGCAACGUCCAUUUACCAAACACGGCAAGUUUGGAUCAGCAUGUGAAAGGGAAGAAGCAUCGGACACUGAGCACCGUGCGGGCCACCAGGAAGACCCAGGAAGAACACAGUGUGUUCGUCAGUGGCAUCAAUCCCAAAGUCUCCCAAACUGAUGUAGCAGAGUAUUUUCAGCAGUUUGGGGCAGUCACAGAUGUUAUCAUUGAUAAAGACAAGGGCGUGUAUGCCAUCGUGCAGUUCACUGAGACAGACAGCAUACAAGCUGCUCUGUCCUGUGUUGAGCAUAAACUGAAAGGCCUGAACCUGCGCGUCAAACCUCGGGAAAAGAAGGAGUUCAAGUUGAUUCCCAAGAAGAAGAAUGAUCCCAAGAACCUCCAACAAGUUCUCGACUGUCUCAAACCCAACUUGUGUCAGUUGGUGUCUGUGAAUGCACAAAUGCAGCACAUUGUCGAGCGAUUUCAGCUGGGAGAAAACGAGAAGAAGGCCCGAAGCUUACUGGUUCAACUCAUGCAGGAGGUUUUUGUGGAGUUUUUCCCAGACAGCAAGAUUCUACCAUUUGGUUCAUCUGUCAACACUUUUGGCAUCCAUUCCUGUGACCUGGACCUCUUCUUAGACCUAGAAAACACCAAGGUGUUCCAGGCUCAUGCCAAGUCAACCACAGAACAGGCAGGGGAGGGCAUGUCAGAUGAUGGCCGUUCUGAGGACUCCAUACUAUCCGAUAUCGACCUGUCCACAGCCACUCCCGCUGACGUUCUCGACCUGGUGGCAAUGAUCCUGAAACGCUGCGUGCCCAGCGUGAACAAAGUCCAGGUGGUCAGCAGCGCUCGCCUCCCCGUGGUCAAAUUCCAUCACCGUGAGCUUAACCUGCAGGGGGACAUCACCAUUAACAACAGACUAGCAGUAAGGAACACCCGCUUCCUCCAGCUGUGCUCAGGGGUAGAUGAAAGGCUGAGGCCUCUUGUGUACACCGUACGCUACUGGGCCAAGCAGAAGCAGCUUGCUGGUAAUCCCAGUGGUGCCGGUCCCCUUCUGAACAACUACGCUCUGACACUGCUGAUCAUCUUCUUCUUGCAAAACUGUGAGCCUCCCGUCCUCCCCACAGUGGACCAACUCAAAGACUUGGCCUGUGAGGAGGAAGAGUGUGAGAUUGAAGGCUGGAACUGCACAUUUCCCAGUCAGCCUAUUGCCAUCCCCCCCAGCACAAACACUCAGGACCUCUGCACUCUGCUGGCUGGCUUCUUCUCCUUCUACGCUAAGUUUGACUUUGCAAGUAGUGUUAUAUCCCUUAGGGAGGGGCGUGCACUUCCAAUCACAGAUUUCCUCAGUCAAAAUAAAGAGGAUGAUGGUUUGCAAGAGGACCAGCCCACCAAGGCCCAUCAGCAGCGUCUCAAACUGGGCCCCGUAAAUCUCUUGGACCCCUUUGAGCUUUCCCACAACGUAGCGGGAAACCUGAAUGAACGCUGCCGGCACAGCUUUCAGAGGGAGUGCCAGGAGGCUGAGAAGUACUGCCGCAGCCUGCAGUAUCAGCAGAAAUCCGCAAAGGGAAAAUCAUGGGGCCUCAUGCGCUUAUUUACUCCACAUGGGGAAGUCCAGCCAUCCAAAACGGAGCAGCUGACCAUCAGCAUCCCGUUCAAGUCAGCCUCUCUCCCAGAACAACUGUGCAAUGAGCUGCACACGGCGGGAGACAGUUUCCGGCUGCUGUGGUUCCAGAGAGUUUGCUCUGCUGUGGAGGGAGUGCUGAAGAACAUUCUCAAGUGUAACCUUGCACCCUCUAAAGAUGCUGCAUUUGGCGAGGACUCGGCUGUUGCUGCCGAGGAAAUGGAAACUACCGAAGCUUCCGUCAAAUCGUCACUCAGCGACAGCCUCGACGGUGCUGAAACCCAAAACGAAACCAGCCCCGUGAGUGCAGUCGCUGUCGGUGCCAAGAGGCCGCUCUCUUCUGGCAGCGAUACUUCGGUGUCGCCUCAAAGUAAAAAGCCGAGAAUGGCAAGACGAGGCAAGGCUGAGUUCCCUCCGUGGAUAUGUGUGCAAAAACACAUAGUCUGGGCGGGCAGGAGAAAAGUCAAACGGGAACUGAUCAAAGAUGCUGACUUGAGGCCAGAUGGCAGCUGUGUGGCAUUGGAGUCGCAGGUCACCGCUCGCAUUAUUGAAAAAGAGCCGGAGCUCAAGGACCCCCUGGAGUUUAGCGUUCAGCCCCAGAUGCUGGGAGGGACGGAAAGCACAAGGGCAGUGCUCAAGUUGGAGCCGACCAGCGACCAGACGGGAGUUUUUCACGACUUCUUUCAUUUUCUGGAAGCUUUCUUACCCAAGAUGGUAGAGACAUUGCUAGAGAAAGAAGAGGCUAGUGCUUAAAAUGGGAUUUGUCUCCAUUAAUGGAAGAAUUAUUAAUUUUUUUUUUUUAUUUGUUUUGAAUAAAAGAGGCAGUAAAUGCUGCUAAAUUAACCGUUAAAAGAGGGACAAACAACGAUUAUAUAUACUGGCUUCAUCAGAAUAUCAAGUUUGUAAUUGUUUUCAUUCAUACUGUGUUUGUAUUUCUGAGUUUUUUAGUGUUUCAUACUCAGAUUCUUAUUAGCCUCUGUUUCAGUUUGCUGUGGCUCUGUUUUAGUGUCCUGUUUUAAAGAGAUUCUGUUUAGUGUAGACAGCGCCAGAUGUUUUCAGCUGAAUAAAAGCCUUUGUAACAAUUCCUGUAAACACUUUCUUUUAAAUAGAGAGUUAUUAAGUGUAACGUAGGUGCAAAAAUUGAGUUGUUGUUUGUUUCA